AUGGAUCGAAGUUGGAUAACAACAACAAAGCCAGGUGACCCUGAAUAUCAACAAGGUGUUAAGGAAUUUAUUAAAUUUGCAUUUGAAAAUAGCGGAGGUCGCUCCAAGCUAAGUUGUCCUUGUUUUAUGUGUCAUAAUUUUUUGCAUAAGAGACCGGAUGAAAUUCUCAAUCAUUUAAAUAAAUGGGCAUUUGAUAGAACAUAUACCCAUUGGAUUUGGCAUGGGGAACGAAGAGACAUGCAUGCGGGUGAUAGUGGUGAGACUAGGGAUAAUGUGCGUGUAGUUCAUGAUGUUGAUGAGGGUGAUCAGCUAGAGGACAUGUUGCAUGCGGUUGAGGAUCAACUUGAUGACAACCCUUCAAUGCUUGAGAGCUUGUUAAGUGACUCUGAAAAGCCAUUGUAUGAAGGAUGCACCAAGUACACGCGAUUAUCCGCUAUUCUUAAGGUAUAUAACUUGAAGGCGGGUCAUGGUUGGACUGACACUAGUUUUAAUAUGUUAUUGGAGUUAGUGAAAGACAUGCUUCCUAAAGAUAAUGUUCUUCCGGAUAGUACAUAUGAGGCGAAAAAGUCACUAAGCCCAAUGGGUUCACCUUAUGAGAAAAUCCAUGCAUGCCCUAAUGAUUGUGUAUUGUAUCGAAAUCAAUACGAAUCAUUAGAGAGUUGUCCAAUUUGUGAAGCUUCACGGUACAAGAAAAGGGAAGGAGCAGUACCAGCGAAGGUUUUAUGGUAUUUUCAUAUAGUACCAAGGUUCAAACGAUGGUUUUCAAAAGCAGAAGAUGCAAAGAAGUUGACAUGGCAUUUCGAUAGUCGAGUUGAUGAUGGAAUGCUUAGACAUCCAGCUGACUCUCCGCAGUGGAGAUUUAUUGAUGGAAAAUUCCCUGACUUUACCCAAGAAAAGCGUAAAUUACGCCUUGCAUUGUCUACGGAUGGGUUCAAUCCAUUCGGUUCCUUGAGUAGCACAUAUAGCACAUGGCCAGUUAUGCUAGUGACCUACAACUUACCUCCUUCAUUGUGCAUGAAGAGAAGGUAUAUGUUCUUGUCGUUGUUAAUUCAAGGUCCAAAGCAACCGGGCAAUGACAUCGAUGUGAAUUUGACUCCAUUUAUUGUUGAUUUGAUUAUGCUUUGGGAAGAAGGUGUUGAAGUGUUUGAUGCUUAUCGCAAUGAGAAUUUUAAUUUGAAAGCAAUGCUAUUUUGCACUAUCCAAGAUUUUCCGGCAUAUGGCAACCUUUCGGGGUACACUUUGAAGGGGAAAACAACUUGUCCCAUCGGUAUGGAAGAUUGCAAGGGAACAUGGUUAAAUGCAUCUAAAAAGCAUGUCUAUCCGGUUCAUCGCCAGUUUUUUCCGCCUAAUCAUCCAUAUCGCAGGAGAAAGAAUGUGUUCAAUGGGCAGCAAGAGUUUAAAGGGCGAUCAAAAGUCAUCUUAGGUGAAGAGAUAUUCGAUAAGGUGAAAAAUAUUGACAUCACAUUUGGCAAGAAACAUAAAUCAGCCCUUUCUACGCAGGGGUUCAAAAAGUGUUCGGUUCUUUGGCGGCUUCCUUAUUGA